CGAUGGCGUCCGCGCUCGCGCCGUCCGCGGCGCCGUCAUCGCGCGCGCGCCCGCUCUCGCGCGCGUCGGCAUCGCGGCGCGCGGCGUCCGCGCCCGCCGCGCCCGCCGCGGGCGCCGCUCGACGAUCGCGCCCUCUCGACGAAGAUAAUAAAAAAGCGCGCGCGCAUCCCCGCAACCCUCGCUCGGCGCGGCAUCGCGCGCGCGCGGUGCGCGAAGCCUCGGACGACACCGUCCCCGCGGCGCGAUGGUACGACGCCCCCGCGCCGUCCAACUUCAUCUCCGUCCGCUCCGAGGAAGAGCUGCGCGACGUCAUGCGCGCGGCGUACGGCAACGCGCGCGCGAGCACGCUCCUCGUCGUGGAGUUUUACGCCAAGUGGUGCGCGUCGUGCCGCAGGCUCUACCCGCGCCUCACGAAGCUCGCGGCGCAGGAGCAGGACGUCCUCUUCGUCAAGAUCGAGUUCGACGAGUGCAAGGAGCUGUGCCGCAAGCUCGGCGUCGUGAAGCUGCCGUACUUUCACGUCUACAACGGCAGCGGAUCGCGCCUCGCGGACUUCGCGUCGUCGCUGGAGCCGACCAAGUUUAAGCGCCUCACGGACGCCAUCGAGGAGAACCGCGCGACGCGGUGCGCGCUGCCGCACAACGUCGUGGACCCGGACGACGCCGCGCACGACGUCGAGUACCUCCGGUCGCUCGUGAAGCUGCAUCACGUGACGUUCGCGUGGAGGGGCGGCGGCCGCGACGUGAUGAUCGCGGGCGACGUCGCGGGAGGAUGGACGCACACGCUGAGUCUGACGCGACGAUCGAAGUCGGACGUCUUCGGCGACCUAUACGACGGCGGCUCGGCGGACGGAUCGAUCGAGGACGACGACGACGAGUUCGUGCACGCGGUGACGUGCCUCUUACCCACCGGGACGUUUCGGUUCAAGUUCAUCGUCGACGGGGAAUGGACGUGCGAGCCGAACUACCCCAUCGUCGCGGACGCGCAGGAGAACGUGAACAACGAGAUCUUCGUCGGCCCGGCGUCGUGGCCGUUCGAGUGGGUCGCGGUCCCGACGAAGGCGCCGAGCGGGCCGCCCGCGCCGUUGCGGCCGACGCCCAUCGCGCUGCUCGACAUGCACGAGCCGAGCGCGAGGAACGCGGCGAACGCGGGCGUGGAGGUGAGCACGAAGAAGUUUCAACGACGGAAACUGCCGGGGGGGGACGACGACGCGGUGAAGGCGUUGUACGGGCAGAGCGCUAAGAGGAGCGAUAACGUGAAGGACGGGUGGAAGCCGGAGGAUUAUCCAAAGUACGCGCACCACGACGACGCGCCGCCGCAGCCGCCAAAGUCGCCGCCGGAAGAGAAGAAAGAGGAGAAGAUAGAGGAGGAGGAUACGAGCUUCCCGAGGAAGGUUAAAGUGAGCUCGGACGACUUCAUGACGAAGAGGGAGCACGACGCGAAAGUCGCGGAGGACAUCUUGAAUUCCGGGACCGCCGGGCCGUCCGAGACGGCGGCGGCGUUCGCGCGUUUAAAAUUCACGCGCGAUGAAAAAGCCGCGCAAGAGAAGACGCUCGCGAAGGGCGGCGAGCGCGCCGUGCGCCCGUCGGACGGGGAGCUGAAGGAGGCGAGAUCGCUCAAGAGCGUCGAGGAGCGGCUCGCGAGGAUCGAGCGCUUGUUGGAAGAGCGCGGGGAGAUGGGGUUAAACGAGGGGUAA